AUGUCGCGCACCCUCCCCAACAUCAUCAUCACGGGCACGCCCGGCACCGGCAAGACAAGCCACAGCGAGCUACUUGCCGAGCGCACGGGGCUCAAGCACAUCUCUAUCAACGAUGUGGUCAAGGACCGCGAGUGCCACGAAGGUUGGGACGACGAGUAUCAGAGCUGGAUUGUGGAUGAGGACAAGCUGCUCGACGCUAUCGAAGAGGAGGUCAAGCAGGGCGGGUGCAUAAUAGACUGGCACGCGUGCGACUUGUUCCCCAAGAGCUGGAUCGACCUGGUCGUGGUGCUGCGAGUGGAUACGGCGACGCUGUAUGAUAGGUUGACAGCGAGGAAAUACCCCGAGGUGAAACUCCAAGAGAAUAUCGACUCGGAGAUCAUGGAGGUUUUGCUUCAGGAAGCCAAGGAGUCGUAUGAUGAGGAAAUUGUGGUCGAGCUGCAGAGCAUAACCGCUGAUGAGAUGGAGAGCAAUGUCGAGAGAAUUGAGCAGUGGUUGGAGCAAUGGAAAAAGGACAAUGCCUCAUGA